AUGACUGAGUCCUCCAGCAAGAAAAGCAAAGCUCACGCAUCGGAGCAAACCUCCGAAGAUGAUCCUAGAAUCGCACAGCACAGCAAGUUGGCUUCAAACCAACCUAUCGAGAGCCGCACUCCUCUUGCAGACCAAACGGAGACCCAGAAGAAACUCGCAAAGCGCCAGAAGACUACCCAUGCUAAGAGCAAUGCAACUCCAGGGUCUAAGCCUAAUGCACCUUCUGGUGUAAACAGCCCUGCCAAUGCUCCAGCUGUAGGUGAAACGUAUUUGGCGAUAGAGGAUGCGCCUGCACAAAACCCGAUAGCGUCGCAGGAAGAGCCGCGAGCUCAAACGGCCAAAGCAAAGAACGCUAGUCAGGAGAUUGGAAAUGAUGACGAUGCGGACGUGGAUGCUGAAGAGCGCCGACUGCGCGCUUCGAAUAUCUUUAAUCCAACGCCUCAUCCGCCCAUUGCACCAUGGCAUCACAAUUUUGCAGCGCCGACGCCACCGUAUGAAAAUCAACAGGCAUGUCCGAUAGACUGGUCAAAAGUCGAGAUUAAGCACCCAAACGUUGAGUAUAAGAGAUUAUGCCGACAAGCCUAUGAGUUGCGCCGGCCAUGGGACAAGCAGCCAGUUGCCUGGGAGAAGGUCGCUGAAAAUAUCGGACUCCUUUCGGCGGAGGACGGAAAAAAACGUACCGUUAGUCAAGAGGGAGGACGAAAACGUUUCAUGGCAGCUAACAAAGCGAUCUUCAAGCUCACAGGCGUUUACUUCCCCGAAAGCUCGCUUGGGCUUAAAGAUUAUGAUGUACCCCUGCACAACGAGUUGAACCCGAUUCUCAAAGGAUUAGGCCAAGCACGUGCCGCUAAGAAGAGGAUAGUGGCCUGCAAUCCACUAGAAUAUGGCGGCGAGGCUGUUCAACUUGUAGUCUUUCCACCUGGGCGCAAAGGCGGCAUCAAUCGCUUCAUCACAAAAGAGGUCAUGGACCGAUUGUCAGUCCAGGAACAGCACUUCUUCCGGUACUCUCUGGACAGCUUCGAUCGGUGGUACACUUCUGUCUUCCGAGGGCUUCGUCACACUCUUCCGAGGCGCUUGUACUGCCUAGAGCCUUGGAACGGGGACAGCUACAUGCACCUCGAUAACGGUACACCAUCUAUCACGAUGAGUGGUCUCUUCGAAACAUAUAGGCUCUCCCAAGAGGUGGGUACUACAGGGGUCAGCGACAUGAUUCUCGACGAGAUUAUCCAGUCCUUUAGGCGAGAGAAUGAGCUCGCCAACAGACACGAAGAAGACCGAGUCACCAUGCAAGACUGCGACAAAACUGUACGCACCCUGAGCUUUGAUGUCGACGAUAUCAACCUCCUUUGGGAGCAUACCGAGCAGGAUGACCCCAUUCGGAAGUUGGUGCUAGAGAUCCUUUACCGUUGGAAGGAUACCGUAGAGGACACCAUCGAGGAACAAAGACGUAUGCUCGAUGCUAAUUUUACGAAAGAAUGGAAAGCGUGCAUCAAUGGUCCAGGCUUCAAGCAGUGUAACGUUCUCGAGAAGUUCUUUCAUGAAGGUAGAAAGUUCAGGCCGAUGGACCCAAAGGAAAUCGUUGCACCCGGAAGAGCCAGGUAUGAGAACCUUGGUCAAGAAAAUGGAAGUCUCCAAGAUUUCUGCGCCAAGUACCACAACCACGUUGGCUACGGAUCUGAGUGCUUCCGCUCCAGACCGGAGUCACCGAGACUCAUCCCCGAAAACUUCAAUGACUCCAAGAUAGUCAAAGUGCUUUUUAAAGACGUGGAAUACAAAAUCGAAGAUCGCGCUAGCCACGACGCUUUCACUUUCGACUUUGAGCGCAUGGUGAUUGAAAAGCCGGAUUGGGAUUGGCCCCGUGUUCGCUCCGUAGAUGCCUAUGUUAAAGGGCCAUUGAAUCUCAGGUCUGGAAAGAGGUCAUAUUACCUGAACCCAGCCUACUACGAGAUCGAUACCUUGGACGAAAACGGUCGAUAUCCGUCUCAUCCAGGGUACCAACUCACUGAUUGGACACCACCCGAUCUUGACUUCGAACACUUUAACGUAUAUGAGGAGCCAUGGGAAAAGGUUAUGAAGCGCGACAUUCCCAUGAGCGCGACGAAUCACCGUGAGGAAAAGAUUCGUAUCGGUGAGGAUGAUGAAGGCGAGCCGAUCUACCAGAUCACAGCCAUCUUCUUCGAGAUCGAAGAUCCGAACUGGUGCCCACCCAAUGACUGGGAGCCUUAUAUACACAGCAGUAGUCUUUCGCCGCAGGAAGUCAGGGACUAUAGAAGGUGGCUGUGGGUUAAGGAGGGUGGAGAAAUCCCGCGGAUUGAGGUUGAGCGGUUUCGUCCUUUCAAGGACGGUACUCCAGCCUGGACAGAUCCGUUUGUUGAUCUCAAGAAAAAGGGCUUUCGCAUGCUCGCCGGCAACCCUCUACUUCGCAACACCACGGGCGAAUCCCGCGGCAUUUGCCACCGUUGCAUCUACAAAGACGCGAAACCCUUUGGCGGCGCUCCCUGCACAGAAGAAGAUACGACCUUCCUCCCCAAUCGUAUGUGUGAAGGUGGUAUCCGCACUCAAGUCACCUUUCCCACUUGCUGGGACGGCGUGAACCUCGAUAGCCCAGACCACCAGAGCCACGUUGCAUAUGCAGAAAUCCCGUAUGAGCCUUACGUUGCGCCCUUGGCAACACAUCCGUAUACGCCCGAGCAGCAGAGGGGUAAGUGUCCGGUAGGAUACCCAGUUAUGCUGCCGCAGGUCAUGUAUGAGGUCAUGUUCGAUACAAAGCCGUUCAACCAGAAAGAGCUAUGGGGCGAGGAAGGCACACAACCUUUGGUGUUCAGUAUGGGUGACGCGACUGGUCAUGGUAACCACGGUGAUUAUAUGUUCGGUUGGAAGGGCGAUGCGUUGCAGAGGGCGCUUAAUGCACGGUGCAGUAACGAUCACUGUACCGAGUUGGAGAGACAGAGCGAUGAAGAUGCGAUGAGUUGUAGUAUUCCGCAGACGGUGGUAGAGGAUGUUGAUGGCUAUGAUUGGCUAGAAAGCCUACCCGGCGGGGUACAGGUCAACGACGGCAUGUAG